CACAGUCACAUUCUUCGACCCUCUAAGACAAGCAUUCACCACGGGCAGACUAAAGUACACAUCAAGGAUCUCCUCUCCAAAGUCCUAGCUGGAGCCCCGGACCCUCAACAACGACGAUAACCUAGGAUGGGCAAUUGGCGGUGAAGACCAAAAGCGUGGGUGCCUUCAAUAUGGGCAUCAAAGGCCUCCUGGGACUCAUCAAGUCCAUCCAAAAGCAUUCCAACCUCAAGCACUUCUCAGGGCAGACCCUGGGCAUCGACGCUUAUGGGUGGCUACAUCGGGGAGUGACGGGUUGUGCCUUCGCCCUGGCGUCCGGAAAGCCCACCACCAUUCACAUCGAUUUUGUUCUCAGUCGGGUCCGUAUGCUUCUAGACUUUGGCGUCGUCCCAUACUUGGUCUUUGACGGGGAUGAUUUACCUUCAAAAGCUGGUACAAACCUUGAAAGACAGAAAAGACGGCAAGAUGCCAAAACUAAAGGAAUGGAAUUACAAAAGGCCGGAAAAACCUCCCUGGCACACCAAGAGUUCUCCAAGGCCGUUGAUGUCACUCCUUUGAUGGCUCGUCAACUCAUCAACGAGCUUAAAAAACUGAACGUUCAAUAUAUCGUUGCUCCUUACGAGGCUGAUGCUCAACUGGUAUAUCUCGAACAAAAGGGCAUCAUUGAUGGCAUUCUAUCAGAAGAUUCCGACCUCCUGGUGUUUGGUGCGAAGCGGCUGUUGACCAAACUGAACCAGUAUGGUGAACUAGUCGAGAUUAACCGAUCUGAGCUCCCUGUCUGCAAGGAGGUCAGCUUUGCUGGCUGGACCGACACCAUGUUCAGACAAAUGGCUAUCCUUAGCGGCUGUGAUUACCUACCCAACAUUGGCAAGAUCGGCUUGAAGACAGCUCAUGCUCACAUUCGACGCCACAAAUCGGUGGAUAAAGUCAUCAAAGUCAUAAAAUUCGAGGGCAAACACGUGGUUCCAGAAGACUACUCGCAGAAUUUUCGGAAUGCGGAACUGACAUUCCUGCAUCAUCGUGUCUUUUGUCCGCUUCAGAAGAGAAUGAUGCACUUGAAUGAGUUGGGCCCUGGGUUGAAAGACUCCGAUCUGCCCUUCCUUGGGGCGUAUGUGGAGCCCGAUAUUGCAAUCGGUGUUGCUUGCGGCGACCUGGACCCCUUUUCCAAGAAACCAAUCCAUCUGGACACGCACAAAGCUGGACGUCCAGUUUUGGCUGAUGCUAGACGACAGUCGUAUGCUUCAGAUCCUGGCAUGAAAAUAGGAAAGUCUAUCGAAACCUUCUUCAAGCCCCACCGACAGCCGCUCGCCGAAUUGGAUCCGAACAGCCUUACCCCCUCGCCUUCACAGCAACGCCUCCUCGAUAGGAACAGGAAUGCAUCUUGGGAGCCAAGACUAGCCUCCUCUGCUCCACCUCUCAAUCGCACUGUCACUGCAUUCUCAGACACUUCGAGACAGCAAUCGGUCAGCCGGGAAGAUCAAACGAUCUUUGUCGCUCGAGCAUCCGCUUUAUCCAACUACAAAGCCCCGAAGCGCCAGCGGCUUUGCGCAGAGUUGACAGCCUGCUCGCCAUCCCUAGGGAUCGAUGAAAGCCCCUUCUUCAAGACUGGCGGGGACCAUGCUAGCCCAUUAGCUCAGAAGAAGAAAAGGGACAAGAAAGGGCGACAUUCUUCAUUCGAGGUGUUCUCGGAUGAAUCUAUUCCAGAUCACCUGUUGGUUGAGGCUGAGCUCGACCGACUGGUAAGAGAUGCUGUGGGCGAUAAGGAGACACCGACUCAUGCCUCUGCCCAAGAAGGGAAAGCCGCCAUUGUCGAGUCCACUCCACAGAAAUUACCUAUGCCAGCCUCCCCCCUACCAUCGCAUGUCCUUGAGCAACAAUCGCCGCUACCGCCAUCACCUGUCCUCGUUGACCCGGACAAGGACCCCGACGCCUUUCACGACCUUCUCGAGUUCCAUGUCCGCAAGCAGAAUGCGUCGCUUCUACGGACAUUUGCGUUCCAACCAGAAGAACAGCGAGCAUCGGCGCUUAAAUUCCUCGCACCACGGCAAGGACGAGACGAGCUUUUCUCGGCACUUUCCUCAGAAUCGCAACGCGAUGCACUGGGGACGCUUCCAAAAUCCCCCCGUGUUGACGAUUUCUGCGACAUUGUCAAAUCAUGCACUACGUUUGGUGAUCAGCCUGCCGCCAUACAACGUGCGGCUUUGAAAACCCUCGGUGCUUCGAAUAAGUCGGUCAAGGAGUGUGGCCCACCCGUUGAGGCAGAGGAAGAAACCCCCUCGAUUUCACCACGUCCUGAAGUGCGGGUGAGUGGAAGCGAGGAUGCCCUGAUACCGAACAGUGAGGAUGAGCUCUCAGACCGUGGAUCUCCUAUUCGGAACAGAAAACUUGACCUAAGUUCAUACAUCUACGCGCCCUGAUCCGAGGGACCGACAUUAGCAACUCGAGGUAUGGAUAACGACAGUAGCAUUUUGUUACGGUUGGAGGCUGGUUUGGAUGCGCGCAAUGUGGAAUGUUUGAAUUGGUGCAGGAUAGCCUCAUUAUUUGAAGUUGGGCAGGAAGGCGCAGUAAUGAUUGACGAUUAUUGGGUAGGCACCUAAGUAUGAAUAUUCUCUUCGCAGGAAAGCAGUC